UGCAUGGCCCAUAAAGGAUUCGUCGACUAUCCGAGAAGUACGCAAGAAACGGCUUCUAACACCUGACAGGGGCCACGCUCUUCUCUUCUCUUCUCUCUCCGCGUGCCGUCGCCUCGUUCGCCGUCGCAGCCCAAUUUCCGUCGCUGGGACCGCUGCUUUGGAUCAGCUGGGUGGGCCCGACAACGACGGAAGACCCGCUGCUUUAUCGUCGUCCGUCGUCCCGAUGUGGAAGGAAUCGUAAUUACCAUAAAGGAAUCGUACCGUCCGAACCGAAAUUCAAUCCGCCUGGGACGGUGGAUCGUCGGCCCCGACGGUGCGCGAUCGAUGACACGAUGAUCUGAGAGAUUCGCCGCCGAACGGAAGAUCAAACGAAGCGCUGCCGGUGUGUUCGUCCGCCGUCGCGAGGCGUCCAGUGAUCGUGACCAUACGACGACGCUAUCGUUCCUGUGAUAAUGUGUAAAGUUGCGUAAGUGGCAAUCAAAGUGGGGGUUAAAGGUAACGGAUAACGAAGGGAAAGCCGAAAGACGGCAGGCGAACGACGACGAUCGAGACGAAGAACACGGUGAAAAAAAAACGGAGCUACCGAACACAAGGGGGAGAGGAACCCCCCAGAUACGAGCGGUGUACCCGAGUGCGCGCCAAGGAUAGCUUUGAUCUCGGUUUCGUCGUAAUCAAACGAGUACCCGGUGAAACGAAAACGGUGAGUGCGCGGAAGAUGAAGCAGCAGCAGCUGGCAGACUCGCCAGCGGCACGGUGUCGGUGUUGAGGCACUCGACCCGGUCUCCGUGUCCGGGCGUGUCUUCGGCAUCGAGGCACCGAGAGAUCGGCACCGGUGACAGCCGAUAUGAGUUCGAAAUUCAUAAUCGAUAGUAUGCUACCUAAGUACCAUCAGCAGUUCCAUCAUCAACAGUUGUUCUCGAGCGCGAAUCCAGGCACGAUCCAGGCGUGCACGACUAGCCCGGCUACCGCCAGUUUAGAGUCCAGUUUAUCCGCGGCUGCAGUCGCGGCCGCGGCAGUGAAUUACGCGCAACAGCACAACUCGCCAAGCCCGACAGGUUCGAGUCCACAGCACUCAGGAAGUUCCGCGUCUACGUCACCGGCCGCACGAACAACAUCUAGCAUGUAUCCUUACGUAUCGGCGGCGGCUGCCCAUCACCAUCAUCAGCAGCAGCAAGCCGUCGCGGCGGCGGCUUUUGGAGCCACGUCCAGCAUGGUGCCAGGCUUCGGUUCCACCGCUGCUUCGAGCGCUGCGUUGGCCGCGGCCGCGGCCGUCGACGCCGCAACUGGCGACAAGUCUUGCCGUUACACCGCCAGCCUCACUGGAAAUGUCGCGCCGACAUCCGCCGACCCCAUGGUCAACUAUACCCUCAGUCAUCAUCAUCAGAACGGAGCUACACCCGGCAGCCUGGUCUCAUCGGCAUCCGCAUCGUCCGCCGUCUCAGCAGCCUCCGCGUCCAUGGCCGCCGCCGCGCAGUUCUAUCAUCAGGCCGCCGCAGCGUCGGCCGUCGUCGAUCCCUUGACGUCUUGCCAACAACCCACCACCGGACAGCCCGGCAUCUCGGACAUACCACGGUACCCGUGGAUGUCGAUCACCGAUUGGAUGAGCCCCUUCGACAGAGUCGUGUGCGGGCCGAACGGCUGUCCGAGGCGUAGGGGUCGGCAGACCUACACGCGGUUCCAGACCCUGGAGCUGGAGAAGGAAUUCCACUUCAACCACUACCUGACGCGACGGCGGCGAAUAGAGAUCGCGCACGCCCUGUGCCUGACGGAACGGCAGAUCAAGAUCUGGUUCCAGAAUCGGCGGAUGAAGCUGAAGAAGGAGCUGAGGGCGGUGAAGGAGAUCAACGAGCAGGCCAGGCGGGAACGGGAGGAGCAGGACAUGAUGAAGAAGCAGCAGGCGGAGAAGCAGGCGAAGAUGCAGCAGGAUCAGCAGAGCGCCGCCCUCCAGCAUCAGCAGCAGCAGCAUCACGUCAGCGGCCUGGACAAGACGCAGAGCGAUCUUCUGAAGGCGGUCAGUAAGGUGCCCACAUAGGAGACUUUGCUUGGCCGGUUGUCUUUCUUUUAAAGAAGAAACGAGAGACUGGACGCCGUACCGUAGAUGGGCAGACAUCGACGACGAGUAGCCGGUAAGGUCGCUUAUGUAGAAGACCUUGACGAAAAGAAGCCGUACCUCUUCUUCCUCUUCCGAAGCCGACCAGGAUUCCACGGGGGCUUCCCGAGUGAUCUCUGUUCUCUUUUCCGUUUUGUACUCGAGGUGAAAAGAAAACGGGAAGAAACUUUUCGCGGGGGUUUGGGAGAAGGACUACUGAGACAGUGUGAAUCGAUAAGGGUAACAAAGAGGAGGAAGACGGAGGUAAACGUAGGCGCGCGACGAUGUUUGGGAAGGCUUCGUCUGUCUCUUUUGGUUUCUUUUCUAACGGAAGAAAGGAACGAAGGGAGAAGCAGAAUGCACGCAGAAAAAAACCGCAAAUAAUCGUAUAGAUCGUUAGACAACCCGUAGUAGAAACGCGAAGCGUAGAAGAAGUAAAGCACACCCUCAAACUACGUACUUAUUUGGCUGGGCCAAAGGAGGACCUAGCCUGCGACUGAUUCCUAGAACGUAUAAUGUAUAAUUGUUAAUCGGGCGCUGCGCGACGAGUCACGAGCGACACCAACAGCAACAACAGGACGAGCAGUCGACGCGAGAAAUGAUAACUGCCAAGUACACACGAGGAGCCAACGAUCGCGUCGGGAGAUCAUCGACGACCUAGAAUUAGUUUAAACGAGCGGAAGCCGAAGGAUUACAACGCCAGGCUGUCGGGAGAUGUUGUUUACGGCAGUCGCCGACGAGACGAUCAAUUAAUAGAGACGGAGAAGAUCCGUCUGCGGUAGGGAGCAAUUAAGCGAGGCUGUCGAAGAAUUCGUCUAAUUGCGCCGAACGAUCAAGGGGAGCAAAGGGGUCGGCUCGUCGUCUCCGCCACGCGCGGGGAGCAAGAAUGAAACGUUCACCGAAACGCCUGAGUUAGGAAAGAUUCCCAAAACAUCCAGGUCCAAACGUCAUUCAAUCAAGGGUUAUUCCUCGAGAUAGAGCCAAGACGAACAUGACAGUAUAUACAUCCUAAAGCAGAUGGUUUUUGAGUUAUUUGGAUACGUUGAAACCAGAGAGCAAGGACAACCGAAGGCGCAUGUGCUCCAACGUUCGCCAACGUUCGUCAAGGUUAGAACACAUGUGCCACCGAUAGCCUUGACUCUUCGUUCACACGUAUCUUAGUAUCUGAAGACCUCUGAAUCUCGAUACUCCCUUCGUGACAUCCAGAUACAAAUUUUCAGUCCGUCUGGAACUGUCCACGGGAAUAUGCGAUUCUUGUACACGGGAGUCACCGUUCCUCGAGUUCGAGGCGUCCUUUUCCUCGAGGUAGAGCCAAGGCAGCUCGCUCAGCUGUUCGCGAUGCAACUCGUUGGAACGACGAAUGUAUCUUUCGAGGAAUCGCAUACUCCAGGUAUCUCUCGGGUACGCAUACCUUGUUCGGAUACCGAGGCACGAUCGCCUGGCAGACAGCUGCUGAACGGGCACACACGGUGAUCCGCGGUGCUGGCCAACUUCUUUUGCCCCGAGAGGAAUUUAGUGGUACAAAUCGAUGAUGCCAUUCGCCGAGCUCUCCUUUUACAGAGUUAAUUAGCCGUGGUUUACGCUCGCGAUUACCUCUCUCCGUGACUUCGCGUUGCAAUUAGGCGAAUUAACCGUCGCUACCGAGAAUAUCUCUUGGCGUUUCGACGUCAGCGCGAACCGCGCGGGAGUUUGCCGCGCUGACGCAAAAAUCCUUUUGCCCUGGACCCGUUGCGGAUCGGUGUUUCUUUUCCUUCUUGUUUUUUUUUUAAAUUUCUUUUUUAUUAUUUUGUAACGUUCCCAUGACCCCGAUCGCGCAUGCUCGCGAAACGUUUGAAAAUCAACGGGAACACUGUACAGAGGGCGUCCAGGAAAUCGUGGUACGAUCGGCGAGGAGCAGAUUCGUCGUGAAAAGGCAAGUACACCUUGGUCAAAGAUGACUGCAUACCUUAGCAUAUAAAAAUAUUACUAUUCGUUGAUAAUCGUGACAAAUAAUCGUAUACUUAACUUUGAUAGCAAUUGUUGGCAUUGAAUCUUGUUCUACUCGGUUGUAUUACGAUUUAUCGAACACUCUCUAGAAUUGCUCCGAUUGGAAGAGUCAAGUCAAUCGCUUGGCUUGUCGAUACAGAGAUCAAUUGAACAUUGAACCGUGAAAAUUUAUUUUUUUUACCAAUCAUAAUGAAAGUUUGUCGACCACGAUGAGCAGUACAGUGUUCGUCGAUUUUACCUACGUUUCGCACAGUCGAAGUAUUCCGUAAACUUCUCACACCCUCGGAAAGGAACGCCGAAAGGAGCUAGGAGCAAUUUGAUGGACAAUUAGUUUCGACGAACGGGACAAUAUCGAUUUUAUAGAAUCGAGAAUUGGAAUCUGAACGUUUUGGAUAGAGUCGAUUCGGGACAAGGCUGACUCGUCGACGAGCAUCUGCAUUCGUUUAUAUCGCUUCAGUUAGAUCUCAGAGGAUAUCGCGCAAGGUAUCGCUAAGGCUUUUAUUAAUACAAGAUAACUUGUAUAGAAAGCAGUACGUUUUCCAUAUUAUCUAAGAUAAUUUAUCGAAACGCCAUCCGAGGAUGUUUAUCCUUAGUUGCAUCGCGUUAACGAUCCACGAUAUCGUCCACGGGGGAACUCGGAACGCGACGUUUCGUUGAUAGAAAUUUAUUUUCCGAUCCACGUUUUGUUUUCCCUUUCUAUUAGUUUUGUUCUCUCUGAAUAAUGUUAUUCGCUCACUUCGCGGGUGGUAUGUUAAUUAUUUCUUCUGUUAAUUUUACGUAGUGUUAACAUAGUUUAUAUCGACGACCACAUCGAAUCGAACGGGAUCGCUGGAAAGUACCGAACGACGAUUUCGUCGAGUCUUUGCUUUUGAAAAAAAAGAAAAAAGAUCUUCAAUGUCUCGUUUCGUUUUCAAUCUCUUAUUACAUCGUUUUAUCGUUUCGCCCAUCGUCCACGGGACAGCAACGUUAGACACACAGGUUUUCCAGGAAAAAUGAAAGGGAGAAGGACUGAGAAAUGACUACGAGAAAGCAGAGGUGGGCAAAAUUCUUUCUUAGAUCAAAAUUUACUUCGCUAUUCGUUGAGUAAAAAUUAGUUUCAAUUUCAGAACGAAUUUACGUCACUUGAGUAAAGUGUUUAGUGGAACGAAGUUGUUAUUGUUAUCGGUUAUUCGAAUAAAAGUUUGCCCAUCUCUGAAGGCGUGUUUAGACCAAAGUGCGAAUGCUACUGCCGAGCACAUGCGGUCUAAAUGCUCCUCGAGCAGCAAACGCAUGCGAGAGAAAGAACGACAGUAAUGCAGACUCUCGUACAAAACAAAGACACAUCACCGGACGAGUAUCUCACUCUUAGUACAUUAAAUACGUAAUUUGGUGUCAGGGUAGACCUUUUUCCAUAGAUAUAGAAACCGUUGUUGCUAUUACUUACGGUAGAAUUCGCGAACAAAAAAGAAAGAAGAGGACAAGAGAUAGAGAAACAGACGAAAAGAUACGCAAACCUUCAGAUUCUAUAAAUCAUUACCUAAUUAUUUUUUGUCUCCUCCCCGUCAACGCGAUUCGUACAAAGCAUUCCGACCCCCAUGUAUCUCGAUUCGCGUGUUGACCAGUGUUGUUUUUUUCUCUUUUUUUAAUCGUUUUUAAGAUAGUAUAUUUUUACGGUUAAGUUUGACGAUACUUUGCGCUUCUGGAUCUUCGAUGAGUUGGCGUUUCCACGGAAAAUGAUCGAAUGCUGAAAACUUAUGUUACGUCGAAGAUCGGUUGGCACUUUAAUAUUCCUGUUGAGCGUUUUUACCGUUGCUCGUAGUUCUUACUUCUCUUUUAGUAUCUUCUUUUUUCUUCUUAAGCGUGAAUCGUUAAGUUUCAUCGGAACUCGUUCGCCGAGAAUUAUUUUAAUUGACGUUCAAAGAAUAGGACGCGUUGAAAUAUCGCGGAAAACAUAUACGUAACUCGAACCAAGAGAUGGAGCAAGACGAAAACAAUGAAUUAAUUUUUUUGCUCACGAAGGCGGGGAAUCCGUUGUACGAAUCGUCCAGUGACUAUCUAUUUACAUGUAAAAUCAUAGUGUACACAAUACCACAUUAUAUACAUAUAUAUAUAUAUACAAAUAUAUAUAAAUAUAUAUAUGAACAAACGGGGAAAAAAAUCUGUUGCACCGUGCUUUAAGGACAAAGAAACAAAUGAUUUUGAUAGUAGCGUCGUAAGAAUUUAGGAUACGUAUGACUCGUACGUAAUUAAAACGAAUAAACAAUGAUAGCGGAAGGCGAUCAGGCUGCAUAAGUGGAUGGAGAGAAGUUGCUACGAAACGGUGAAAAAAAUUAAAUAAUAAAUAAGACUUUGUUUACGGUUCACACGGGGAAAGUAUGGGAGAAUUUUUAGGCCAGCGAGCACCUAAACUAAAAUAGUGAAAAAAAAAUGAAUAAGUAAUAGACACACGUCCGUAAUCAUGGCGAGAUUAGCGUCGUUUUAGGGGAAAUCUAUAAGGGGAAAAAAAGAUAAGUAAAAAGUGGAUAGAAAUUCAUAUUAAAUACUGUACCGCUAAUUAACUAAACUAAAGUACUAUUAUAAAUAAAUACUCCCGUACGUAAAGUUUAACGAUUAAGCUCCGAGCAUGCGAGUCCACGGACAAGAUGUACUCGCGUUAAUACUUCCUCCUACCUUCCAACACCCUCCCCCGCCCAAUUCCUCGCCCCACAUAGCGAUGUACCAGUACAUACCGUAAUCGUAACGAUGUUUUAACGUAUAGUGGGCAAGAUAAAUCGAUGCAAAGAAAGAAAAUAAAAAUACGCGAACGACGUAGAAUAUAAUAUAAACAAGUUUGUAAGGUACAAGUGUAGGUUGGCAGAAGGAUAAUCGACGUUUCGAGGGGAACGGGGGUAUAGUUGCCGCUGGGCUCCCAAUUACACUGACGCUGUUCGACGAACAAAGUAAUUUGUUGGAGAAAAUUUAUUUCGUGGAAGAGACUUAUCGAAUCGUUAUUUCUUUUUUAAAGUGUUCUCUAUAUCGCGACGUUGUAAAUGUUACUUUUUGGUUUGCAGAUAUUUUAUACAUUCCCUUCGCCGUGAUCGAUUUGACUUGCACCGCGAAAUCUCCGGAGCAAUUGUCUCGACACGUCAAAGGGAGAAUCGAAACGUAUCGUACUUCUUUUUCGAAGGUUCGUCCAGAAUAUGGUUUGAAAAAAGAAAAUAUUUUCGCUUCUCAUCGUACAAUCGUGUGCACGGUUUCUUUCUUCGUCUCGUUCAACGUAAGUUCACAACAUGGUAUCACGUUUUCUAGAAUUCGCAACUAUAUUUUCUUCGGACGAAAACAAAGAUGCAACAACAGAUACAGUGAACCCUCGAUGAAACGACUCUGGUCGAGUUCGUUUCUGAUCUUAUAUCAAGAAGAGGUAGCGGUUUUAGUUUAGAAUUCCAAUUAAAUAUCUUCGAGAGACCUAUACAAAUAUCCCAGUGAUUCAAUGUCCUUCCCACUCUUGGAAUUUAUUCGCGUCGUUUUAUCGAGGGAGGAAUGCUAUACACCCAGUCGUGACAGGACCGAAGGAAACCCAUGAGAAAACGUCGAUGCACAGAAGUCGUAUUGUCGGUUCCGCUCCACGCAAUCUCAGUUAUCGAAUUUUAAGGGGUGAUAAAAAAAAAACGCGACGCGGUUCGUGGUCUCAGUUCGAGGGGAUAAUUUCUAUUGUUCCGUCGAGCGAUAGACGUGUGAUCGCGCCUGAAACUUCUUCGGCUCAAUGUAUACGUAAAAAAAAAGAAGCGAAACAAAACAGAAGAAAAGUGAAAUGAAAUUAGGAAAGAUGAAGAAAGAGUGGGAGUGAAAGGUUUUUAAGGGAUGAAACGCACGUAAAUGAGUUCCGAGAAUCGGUGUAACUAUUUGUAGAAAAGCUUUACGCGUGACUCUAUUAUACGAAUUAUUAUUAUUAUCAUUAAAUAGUAUCGUCGACAUUAUUUUUAUUAUGUUUAAUUAUAUAACAUAGUUACGGUCUUUUGAUGUUAAAACUUCUCGCGUAACGCGGUCCGUUUCUCGAUUAACUAAGAACGAAAAUGGGGGAAAAAAAAGACGAACAGAUUCACGGCAGCCAGGAAACGGGCCGGCGGAAGUGGCGGCGCCGAUACGUCCGACAAAUUAGGGAUAUACGUAAAAACUGCUAAUUAAUUAUCAACGAUUAGUAAUCGGUCGAGGAGUUUGUACAGUACUCGCAGGAGGUGUGAGAUUCGUAGCGGUCGUGUUAUAUACGUACGUAUGCAUUAAGUCUUAAUCGUUAGUGACUGCAGAUCGAAUGGAAACAAAGGAAAAAUGAAAAAAAAAAGACAGAACGAGAAGUGGGCCGAAUUUAAGGCGCUUUUCUUUGGAGAAAGUCGUCGGGUGUUGUCUCGACCGAGCGAACGAUUUAAGAACGAUGGCGUUUCCGUUCCCUCCUUUCCUUUUCUCUUCGAGCUCGCCAUUUCGUUUCCUGCCUUACGGUUCUCCUUCAGAGAUGGGCGAUAUUCUUACAAUAAAAACUAUUUUCAGGAUUACAUUUUACGAAUUUAAAACUCGUCGCAAAAGAAUUCCAUCCGCUUGAUGAUUUCACAUACCUUCAUUUGCGUGUAGACAAAAAUACCAAGUACGACAUGUACCCGAAUCUCAACGAAUCCAAAAAAAAACGUAAUGUUGUCCAUCUCUGGUCACGACGAUCGUUGCUCCCAGUUGUAGUUUUGCCGAUGUUUUGUUGAUACGGAGCGUUGACACCGAGAGUUGCGCGUUUAUUGCGUGUCAACCGACUGUUUGCGUUGUGUCUGCGUUUCCCCAUUCGAAGAACGAUCGACGUCGACGGAGACUUUUAUCCCUUUUCUUUGUUAAGAAAACACGAUUGUUUCUCUUUGUUGAUUUUAUGGGAUCGAAGGGGAUGGAGACGCGGAUUGUAACACGCCACGGUUCCUGAAAUCGUUCGAGCGAGUCGAGGCGGAUCGGCGCGCGAGGCGAACAAUUUCUAGAUUAAAAGAAAACGCAAAAAAAAGUAAUGUGCGGGCGCCGUCCACAUACGAAGCUUUCUCGUCGGAUAACCAUUAAGCUACCUAUGGCAUCUACAUUGUUAUAGAAUAUUAUUCCAAAUAAUUGACGCGUAAUCAUAUCAUAUUAACGUUCAUAACGCUUCCUCGUGCUCUCCCCCAACCCCCUCAUCCCUUCGUCCCUCACCUCAAACGCCUCGCGAAACUUCCCCUCGUCGCUUUCCUUUACCCUUUCCCAUUUCCCCGACGUCCAAACGAUUUACUCGCUCUAUUCUUACCAUUUAUUAUAGAUGUAUCAUAUUGAACUUAAAUAAUAUCGAUUAGGUCUAUACGUAUACAUAUAUACAUAUAGGGUUAUUGAGAAAAGGAAACGCGAGGAAAGGAAACAACAAAGCGACACGAAUAAACGUCAACGUAACAUUGCGUUAGUAGUACAACUUUGCCCGACUUGCCAAAACUCGCGUAACCACGAAUACAAUUUACUCCUCUCGCGAUGACGAUGAUGAUGACGACGAAGAUGAUAACGAAUAGAACACGGAAAACUUGCGUAUGGCGUGGUAGAUGCGCCCUCGAGGGUACACGAGCGCGAGCGCGCACGCCAAGACUUCUCUUAUCCGAAUUAAGGAAAUAAUGUAAAACGAACACUAUAGAGUGUGGAUUAACUAGAGCUUACGAUCCUGUACUUGUAUUAAAAUUCACGUGUGCACGUGUCACGCGUAGUUUCGAAAAGACACGGGUCUUGUUCGAAGCUUGUUCUUCUUGUUCUCUUAUAUCAUGUCCGUUUAAGGGCCUAUGCAGACCGGAAAGCCAAGGGAACCGAAAGCACGCGUGCUCGAAUCAAACGUUCGCCAACGUUCGCCAAGAUACGAACGCAUGUGCCUUCGGUUGCCUUGACUCUUCCAUCCGUGUGCGUGUCACGUGAAAUAACAUUACGUGUCGCUAUGCCUGUCACUUUAAUUUCACCCUAAUUACACGUGUAUCCGUGCACACAUGAAAUAUAGAAGGCUCUAGGCUCAAGCGUUACACGAAACGAUGUCACAACGUUUUCGAUGUGUAAGAAUGAUCGCUAGAGUGUUCACGACUAAUGAACAGACAGAAAGUGAGAAGUGAGAGAGAUUGAUCGAAAUCGUGCGAGUGGGAGCAAGAAGAAAGAGUGAAAGAUUAUGCGUGUGUGUGUGAAAGGGAAUAUCAGCAAGAAUCGCGCCGUACUACAUACAUAUAUUCGUAAGAUGGAAAACUCGACGAAAAUUAAAGUUAGAUUUAUUCUUGACUAGAUUGCGUACCGAUCAAUAAUGGGAAAAUUUACAAAAAUGAACGAAUGGUGUUAUUUAAUAACGAAGUGAGGAAAAAAAAAAGGAAGAAUUUGUUAUAUUUUCUUUUUUACGUGUAAAUCUGAUUGUUUAUUUAUGAGCUGUUUAUUUUACAUAUUUUUUCGUAUAUUUGUUUUUUGUUAAUUGCGGAAAGAGAGAGAGAGAGAAUGAUAGAGGUACCGACGAGUGUCUGUCUUCAUUUUUACGAUAAAAGCAGCGCGAUUAUUUAAACGUGCGUUGAUUAUAUUUAAACGAAAUCGAAAGACGACGAUUACGUUGCGUACCGCAGUGCGACCAUCAGACCUCUUCGAGUCCUUCGUGCCAUAAGGAAACUAAACGUGUAUGAUAGCGGUACGUGGAGAAACAAUUCGAUCGCCUUUCGAAAUUUAUAGAAAAAGCAGUGCGUUUGGUUAUAAAAUAAUUAUUUCUAUUAUAUGUUUGUUUCUAUUCUUCGUGUUAGGGAAUCUUAUGAAAUCUGUUCGCGUGCGUUACACUUAGGAACGGAAUUAGACGUAAGCGACGAGAAAAGGAAUAUUCAAUGGCCAUGGAAGCUUGUUCCUCUUGUUCGAAGAAAGUGUUCAGCGAGCUCGUUCCUCGGUGAUGAUGUUCGCUUACAACUGAUUCCGGUUGUCGGUAGCCUGGUCAAGUGCUGGUGGUCUACUCUCUAAGUGUUGUUUCUUUCAUUGGCAGCUGUCCCAUUUUUCCACGCGUGCGUUGAAUACUAUUAUUUUUACGACUCUUCUCUACGGUAGUUCCCUGCUCGCGAGCAACACCGUCGGUGUCAUGGCGGCAGAGGUGGGCACGAGUUUAUUAGAAUUAGAGGCGACGAACAAAAUUAUUCGAUUGGAGAGUUCAGUUUUAGCUUGUUCGUUGCGAGAUACUUUAUUUUACAAUUCAAUUGCUAGCUUUUUAUGGAUGGAUGAAAAGUUACGUACUAUUUUGUUCCAUUUAUGCAACACGAUAAAGAGUCGUCCUUACUUUAUUCGUUGCUUGAAAUAAUUUUAUCCGGAUGAGAAUGUUGCCCAUCUCUGGCCGCCGGUUAGUUUCUUAGCGGGUCGAUGACGCCUCGAGAAUUCCACGAGCGGAGAAGGGGUGAAUUCCACCCCUGAUUCGCCACCCCGGUGUAUUCUGCGCGAAAAACGGAACAUCCUGCUCUCCCAGUGGAACGAUCGUGCGAUUCUCAAAGCUCUGUUUGUUACGUUCCCGUCCCCUAUUAUUGUUCUGCGCCGUUUCGCGGGUUACUUAAGAAUAUUGUUUAUCGUUUCGACGCGAUCGAGCGAGAGCGGUGGUUUUGUUAUUAGAAAAGUAAGUCGAACAGAAUGAUAAUUAAAGGAAAAGAAAAAAAAAAGAAAAAUAACUGAAAAGCUAUGUAGAGCAGAGUUGAGCAGUGAUUACGUUCGAUUACCGAUCGCUCAGUAAUUACAAUCGUGGAUCACGAUUUGCUCGACACUGACGUAGAGCCGGGUUAGUGCACAUGUGUUUCUUUCGUUUCCCCACGAGUCCGACAGGACCAUGGGAUUUACGUUCGGAUAAAUUCUCUUUCGAGUGCUCGGACGCUUCGACGCGACGUACUGUGAUCGUUAUAUCGUUUUCCCGCGCAAAAACGGAAGCCAUUGUUCCUCAUUUUUAUCCCGUCUUUUGUACCAGUGCGAUCGAGUUUCUUCCAGAGAUGGGCAAAAUUUCACUCUAAUGGUAGAAAACGCGUAUAACCAAACUUAUACAGAUUAAUUCGCGACGUUUAUUAUUAUUAAGUUUUUGUUCGUUCAGUGUGAGAUACAAUGUAAUCUAAAUUCAAACUAUUAUUCAACUUAUAACAAACAGAACAUUGUUUAUUCGUUUCAUAUUCAGAUAAGAAUUUUGCUCGUCUCUGUGUCCGCCAACUCGCGAACCAUUUGUCGGAAGAGUCGUGCGCGCACGUGCGCGUGCACUCACGCACACGCAUACACAUCCAUUGUACGCGUCUACGCACCCUCAUUGCGCAAAACACAUACGUAAACGUACACGCAAACACUUACACGCAUACACACCGUAAGAGGAAGAGAAAGAAAGGAAAAGAACGAAAUAUCGAAUCCGAGAAUUUAGGUCUUAAUUAUUGUCUCUUUGCUGUACCUACAAUUAAACGAAUGGAAAGCCGUGUAUUACUUCAAGAGUUUCUUCGAUGUAAAUAAUUAACACUACGUAAAAAAAAAGGUUAAACGUUUGCUCAGUGAGCGAGGAGCCGCGGUGAUCGAAAUAACAGAUCAAUCGAUUACACUAAUUCGAUCGAUCGCCCGUGAAUCGGUAGCAGCCGCGGCUCAUCGCGUGCCGCUGGAUGAUACCUAAUUAAUGUAAUAACUAUAACGAUAAGAGAGCGUAGCUGUCCUUCAAUACCUACCUACCACGUUAAGUAAUAAAAGUAACGGAAUAAUGGAGUCUCUCAUGUCUACCGACUACUUCAAGAUUAGUAUUAUAUACCCGUACGAUGAAAGGUGACGACGACGAGGGUGGCGAUUGACGACGACAACGACGACGACGACGACGACGAUGACGACAGGCGAAAAGGUAAUCCAUUGACAAUGAAUGUAAAUGUAUCCAUUUUCGAAACUUGAUGUAGAAUUAUACUCAUAAGCUAUAUCUAUGAUAUACAAACGAAAUAAAAGCGUAUAGUAAAUUA